AGAGAAGGAAAGGGGAGAGGAAGAAGAGGAGGGAAGGGUGGGUGGUGGGAGGAGUGAGAUGUGUGAGGAUGGUGUGGAAAGAGAUAGAAGCCUUGAUAGGAGUGAGGGUGGUGGGAGGAGUGAGGGUGGUGGGAGGAGUGAGGGUGGUGGGAGGAGUGAAGGUGGUGGGAGGAGUGAGGGUGGUGGGAGGAGUGAAGGUGGUGGGAGGAGUGAGGGUGGUGGGAGGAGUGAGAGUAGUGGAAGGUGCGAGAGUGGUGGGAGGUGUGGGAGUGGUGAGCGGGGGCGGGAGGAGGGAGAGCGAUGGGAGGAGGGAGAGUGAUGGGAGGAGGGAGAGCGAUAGGAGGAAAGAGAGCGGUGGGAGGGGAGAGAGUGGUGGGAGGAGGGAGAGCCCGUACAUGGAAGAGAGUGAGAGGGAGGAAGAGAUAGGGACAGCCAAAACGAAGGGCGGAGCCAAGGGGAAGGACGGAAGCGGGGAGGGUGGCGGCAUGGGGGAAGUCGGAGGCAUGGGGGAGGGCGGCGGCACGGGGGAGGGCGGAGGCUUGGGGGAGGGCGGAGGCUUGGGGGAGGGCGGAGGCUUGGGGGAGGGCGGAGGCUUGGGGGAGGGCGGAGGCUUGGGGGAGGGCGGAGGCUUGGGGGAGGGGGGACCCAUGCAUAGGGGCCAAGCCAUGGGGGAGGGCGGAGUAAUGGGCGGGUAUUGGGCAAUGGGGGAUGGCGGAGCAACACAAGGGUUGACAGGGAUGGAUGGAUGUAGAGAGAUGGUAGGAGGAGGGGAGGUGAAGGAAGAGGAGGACAAUGAGGAUAGCGAUAUGCCUCCCAUGCACCCCAACCCACUCGCUGCUCUUAACCCACUCUCUUGGCCUUCCCAGCAACCUCUCCCCCACUCCACCUUUCCUAAUCCUUUUGGCGCAUUCCCCUCCGCCACACCCCCAUUUCCCUCCUCCACACCCCCAUUCCCCUCCGCCACACCCCCAUUUCCCUCCUCCACACCCCCAUUUCCCUCCUCCACACCCCCAUUUCCUUCCUACACACCCCCAUUCCCCUCCUCCACACCCCCAUUCCCAUCCUCCACACCUCAAUUCCUCUCGGCCUACAAUCAAGCCCUUCAGAUGUAUCUCACACAGCAAGCACCCAUCCCCUCUCCAUACCAGAACGUGACUCCUCCCGCAACAGACGAUGGUCCCUCCGCUGCGCCUAAAGCGGAGGCCGCGGCUCCGUCAUCCGCCUCCGCUGCAGCAACCGAUGCUGGCGCCGCCUCUGCUACCGCAGGCGACUCCGCACCUCCAACAGCCGGCAAAUCCGCGUCCGGAGGAUCCAAAAAAGCGGGCAACUUGACGGCGAACGUGCUCGGGCGGCCGGCGGAGGACGUGAAGAACCACUUCACAAUCGGGCGCGAGUUGGGUCGAGGCCAGUUCGGCGUAACCUAUCUCUGCACGGACAAGAGCACGGGCGAGCAGUACGCGUGCAAGUCCAUCGCGAAGCGCAAGCUCGUCACCGCGGAGGACGUGGAGGACGUCAAGCGCGAGGUCGCGAUCAUGCACCACCUCGUCGACCACCCGAACGUCGUUAAAAUGAAGGGCGCGUACGAGGACAAGCAUUCGGUCCACAUCGUCAUGGAGCUCUGCGCGGGUGGAGAGCUCUUCGAUCGGAUCAUCGCGCGCGGGCAUUACAGCGAGCGCGCCGCGGCGACGCUGAUCCGCACGGUGGUGUCGGUCGUGGAGUACUGCCACGCCAAUGGCGUCAUGCAUCGCGACCUCAAGCCCGAGAACUUCCUCCUCGCCAGCAAGAAGGAGGACGCGCCGCUCAAGGCCACUGACUUCGGCCUCUCCAUCUUCUACAAGCCAGGUGAGCUGGUCGCUGCUAGAUUGGAUGGUAGAAAUGGUGUUCCGAGUUUACUUUUGAGUCAUGCAAAAGUCAACGCGCCGCUCAAGGCCACUGACUUCGGCCUCUCCAUCUUCUACAAGCCAGGCGAAACGUUUUCCGACAUCGUGGGCAGCGCGUACUACGUGGCACCCGAGGUUCUUCGACGAAAGUACGGGCCGGAGGCGGACGUGUGGAGUUGCGGCGUCAUCCUCUACAUCCUGCUCUGCGGCGUGCCGCCCUUCUGGGCCGAGUCGGAGCAGGGCAUUUUUGACGCGGUGCUGAAGGGCCACAUCGACUUCUCCUCCGACCCCUGGCCGCUCAUCUCGUCGUCCGCCAAGGACCUCAUCAAGCGCAUGCUCAAGCAGGACAUCAAAGACCGCAUGUCGGCGCGCGAAGUACUGCAGCACCCGUGGGUGAAGGUGGACGGAGAGGCGUCGGACGUGCCUCUGGACUCGGCGGUGCUCACGAAGCUGAAGCAGUUCUCCGCCAUGAACAAGAUGAAGCGCCUCGCUCUCAAGGUCAUCGCAAGCCACAUGUCGGAGGAGGAGAUCAUGGGGUUGAAGGAGAUGUUCAAGAGCAUCGAUGAGGACGGCAGCGGGUCGAUCACGUUUGAGGAGCUCAAGGAGGGGCUGAAGAAGAUGGGGAGUAACAUGCCCGAGGAGCAAGUGCGGCAGCUCAUGGAGGCGGCUGACGUGGACAACAGCGGGACGAUAGACUACCAGGAGUUCAUAACGGCCACCAUCCACAUGAACAAGGUGGAGAAGGAGGAGAACCUCUUCCAGGCCUUCCAACACUUUGACGCUGAUGGCAGCGGUGGGAAGGAGGAGAACCUCUUCCAGGCCUUCCAACACUUUGACGCCGACGGCAGCGGGUGCGUGCAUGGGGCUGAUGGGUGGGUGGGGUUGGCAUGUCAUUGUUUAAAGUUACAUCACGGUGGACGAGCUGCGGGAGGCGCUGUCCAAGGAGGAGGCGCUGCUGCUUCAAGCAGUCUCCCACUCCAUAACCACACCUUGUCCAACCGACAUUCUCACCCUCCCCCCUCCUCCCCCUUCCCCCUCACCAGGUACAUCACGGUGGACGAGCUGCGGGAGGCGCUGUCCAAGGAGGAGGCGCUGCUGCCAGGCGAGAUUGAUGCGAUCCUGCAGGAGGUGGACUCGGAUAAUGUGAGUGCUGUGAGGGGUUGGAUAAUAGUGUUGCUGGCAGGCGAGAUUGACGCCAUCCUGCAGGAGGUGGACUCGGAUAAUGUGAGUGUGCUUUGA